UCCCUCUGCAUCCGUCCCAGAGAAAGCCUAAUCCCGUUAGCUGUGCUUUCUCAUGGAUAAUCCCUCCACUUCCCACCUGGCCGUCCUUCAGCCUCAGCCUCUCUCUGGGAUGACCGUCUUCUGCUGAACACUGCAGCAUGUUUAGCUGGGUGAUAAAGGUUGUUCCCCAGCCUCCAGCAUCUCCUGGGAAGCUGGCAGAGGAGGACCAGACCAAUGCUUCCACUGCAGCACCAGAUGUGACGAAAAAAGAGGAAGUAAAACAAGAAACUUCCAAGCCAACGGAGGAGGUCUCAGAGGAAAACAGCUCUCAGAGUAGGGUUUUGAGUUGGCUCUCUCAUGGGUUCAGCAGUGCUCUCCCUCAGCCAGUAAACUCCUCUAAACUGGCCAACAGUGAAGUUAAGCAUGAGGAGAAUGCAGUGAGCAGCAGUAACACAUCGGACCAGGCUGGAAUGAUAGGCUGGAUUGUGCAGGGACUGGGAAAAGUGGUUCCACAGCCAGAUGAGAAAUACAAGGGUCACACAGAGCCAGAGGAGGUCACUGAGCUUGCAGUUCCAGUGGUUAAAGUGGAUCCUCCAGUGCAAGAGGUCAAAGCCGUUCGUGAUGCUGAGCCACUGCCUCAUAUUCCUGUGGUGGAGGUUGUGUCUGAUGAGGACCCAGACACUGCUAAUGUGCCCUUCUCUCCCAGAGUAAUAGAAUGGAUUAAGCAUGGUUUUGAGAAGGUAGUUCCACAUUCUCCUGUCCAUCUUCAUCCUCCCGCUGCUACAGAGGCACCCGCCCAGAAGGCUGCUUCUGCUCCUGUGACUCCCUGCAAACAAGAGCCAGCACCUGCACCUGCACCAACACCUGCUCCUGCACCUCCACCACCGCCUGCACCUGCACCUGCGCCAGCACCUCCACCUGCACCUUCAUCUGCACCUGCAGCUCCUGAGCAGCCUAAAGUAGCUGAGGAUUCCAAAGGCACAAAUGUGGUUGGCUGGAUUGUACAGGGGUUCGGACGCAUCAUACCACAACCAGUACUGAAACCAAAAGAGGACAGCUGUGAUGUCGUUCAAAACGUCUGCAUCCUGCAGGACCCGUGUGAUAUGGUGCUGGAGGAGGUGGACUCAGACUGGGAGGCCCAGCAGAGGGAGCAGGGCUCGGGGCAGGACGUCCAGGCUGAGGAGCAGGUGCCACAGGAGGGCUCAUCCCUGCUGCAGGUGCUGCCCAAUAUCCUGCCGCACAUGCUGGCCAUGCAGGAGCAGGAGGACGCAGAGACCCAGACUGAGCGCUGGAUGCCUCUCAUUGAGAGCAUCAAGAAGGAAGCAGAGGAGAUUGCCAUAGCAAACAUAGAGGAGAGACUUCAGCAGGAGUGUGUGGAAGCGGCUCGUAUAGCAGAGGAUCUGGCCCGGCAGGCUGCAGAAUUGGCCGUCAGACAGCUGGAGGAAGAGCAAACCACACAGAUCAUCAUCGACACGAAAACUGAAGAGCUGGACAAUGAGGAUCAACUGCCAAAUAUCCAGGAGGAAGAGAAUGAAGAAGAUCCGGAGUUACAGCCGCUCGGUGAAGAGAGUGAGGAGGAGAGAGAGGAUAGUAAGAUCACAGAUGCUGACAUGAAAAGGAGCCUGGUGGACGUCUGCCCGGCGGAGCCCUCGCCGCAUGAGUCUGAGGUUUCAGAUCAGGCACUACAAGCAGAUCCGGUCUCACCACCCGUGACCACUCAGCCUCAGCGAGCCACAUCUUUACCUCCUGAUGCUGACCAGGAAGAGGAACCUCCUGAAGAAGGAUGUGGAGUGCCUGCUAGCUGUUCUGGCAUAAAGAGCUGGAUUCUUCGCAUCCCCCAUGCUUCCACAUGUCUGAGCAGCUUACACCUGCUGAAAAACAAUAAUGUUCCCCUGCCCAAGAUGCCCUCCGAUCUCCUGCUGCUAUACCAGGAGAUAUCCCAGCUUCCAAAACAAGCCAACCAGUGCUUCCAGAACGUUAUCCAUCGCCUCAACAUCCUCAAGCCCAUGUACCUGCUGAUUCUUUCUUUCACAGACUUGAUCUACGUGGUGUGGCUGUUCUUUGUGACCCUCGCGUGGAACUGGAAUGCUUGGCUGAUCCCUGUGCGCUGCACUUUCCCGUACCAGACGUCUGAGAACAUUCACUGGUGGCUGCUGAUGGACUACUUCUGUGACGGCAUUUAUAUUCUCGACAUCUUCGUUAUGCAGCCCAGACUGCAGUUUGUGAGAGGAGGGGACGUUGUGUGUGACAAAAUAGCAAUGAGAGACAACUACAGGCAAACAGAGCGAUUCAAGAUGGAUGUGAUCAGUCUCUUUCCACUGGAUUUCCUGUACGUCUUCACAGGCGUCAAAUCUCUCUUGCGGUUUCCUCGCCUUCUAAAGUACAAUGCAUUCUUUGAGUUUAAUGAUCGUCUGGAAGCUGUGAUGAGCAAAGCCUACAUUUACAGGGUGAUCCGGACGAGUGCGUACCUGCUGUACUCUCUGCACUGUAAUGCCUGUAUUUUCUAUUGGGGUUCUGACUAUGAAGGACUGGGUUCUACCAAAUGGGUCUAUAAUGGCAAAGGAAACAGUUAUAUUCGCUGCUACUACUUUGCUGUGAAGACUCUGAUCACCAUCGGAGGUUUGCCUGACCCCACCACUGUCUUUGAAAUCGUCUUCCAAAUGCUCAACUACUUCGUGGGAGUCUUUGCUUUCUCCAUCAUGAUUGGUCAGAUGAGAGAUGUAUUUGGAGCCGCCACUGCAGGUGAGGCCUAUUAUAGACACUGUGUGGACAGCACUGUCAAAUACAUGAGUUCCUACAAGAUCCCCCGCGAGGUCCAGAACCGCGUCAAGAUCUGGUACGAUUACACCUGGAAGUCGCAAGGCAUGCUGGAUGAACAGGAGUUACUUAUGCAGCUGCCAGAUAAGAUGCGUCUGGACAUCGCUGCAGAUGUCAACUACAGCAUUGUCAGUAAAGUGGCGCUUUUUCAGGGAUGUGACAGACAGAUGAUAUUUGACAUGCUCAAGAGGCUGAAAUCCGUGGUGUACCUUCCGGGAGACUUUGUUUGUAAAAAAGGUGAGAUCGGCCGAGAGAUGUACAUCAUCAAAGCUGGAGAGGUGCAGGUGGUUGGAGGACCUGAUGGGAUGACGGUGUUUGUGACUCUGAGAGCUGGCUCUGUGUUUGGGGAAAUUAGUUUGCUGGCGGGUGGUGGUGGGAACCGACGAACAGCUAACGUAAAGGCCCAUGGUUUUGCUAACCUCUUCAUCCUGGAUAAGAAGGACCUGGCAGAGAUCUUAGUGCACUACCCCGAGUCCCAGAAGCUACUGCGCAAGAAGGCCAAGAAAAUGUUGACCAAAGAUAAGAAGCCUGCAGAUGAGAAGGGCCAGGCUAAAGAGACGGGUGAGGUCAUCCCUCAGCGGCCGGAGACGCACAAACUAUACAAGGCUGCACUGGAGGUUGGCACGGGACAGACUUUUGCCAAGCUGAAGGAGACAUAUAAGGGAGCAACUCUAGAGCCAUCCACUCCCGCAUCCGGCAGGACCUCCACAGCUCCAGUGCCUCCUCCCUCACCCAUGCACCGCCGUUCACCCAUUCCCCGGCCUCACGUCCCAGAUGAAGAUGACAUGGUAUCAGAGACCACCGACAGCACCAUGAUCAUCCGCAUGACUCCCCGCGUUGAGGGAGAGGAGAUCCUAUCUGUGGAAAUCAGUCCUGGAGAGGGAGUGGAGGCGGAGGCGGAAGAUCCAAGCAAAACUACUGACAAGUGAGAGAGAGGAAGAGGGCAAGGACAAAGACCAGAGUAGGGAUAGGGUAGAAAGCCUAAAGAAAAGCCCAAUGCAUACAUCCCUCGUCAUGCUUUCUGUAUUAGCGUGUUGAUGAAAGUCCUACACAUGCUUUUCAACCAGGUCAAGCCAAACAGGUUUUCAAGACUCUUGUAAAAACUCUUUGGAGACUCUCUAGGCAGCUUUUCGAAAAGGAAAGUUCCCUGAGGAACCAAUAUUGUAAGUUCCUGCAAGAAAUCUAUGCUUCCAGUAUUCUUCUAGUAAACUCAUCAUAAGGUUUUGAGGCAUUUGAAACAUAUAAUGAAGAUGAUACACAAUAUCUGUAGUACUUUCACUUGCCUAGAGGUUCUCAAGAGGUUAAAAGUAUUCAAUUUUUUAUGCUUAGCGUUCACACUUUCAUUUUUAAUACAGUUUAGAUGUCUUUGGUCCGUGUUACGCUCAUAUUUCAGUUGAACCGCACCAGAGUUUGUCUGGAAGUGGACCGAGACCUACCUUUUCAUGGUAGGUUCAUCAUCCACUUGUUUGGUGCGCCCCAAGGUUUAAAUGUCAGUGUUCACACUUAUUCAAAUAAACUGCACUAACAGAGCAAUUGCACCAGAUUUCCUUUUAACCGUCCCAAACCUGCCAAGUGUAAACACGGUCUAAAUAUUAUUAUUUGAAGGUGAAGUGAGCUUCUGAGCGGUAUUCCAGAAAGAAGAGUUAACUCACUUUCAUAUAAAUCCCAAAUCCCGUAACGCGUCUGGGAGUAAGUUCAGUCGAGUAUGUUCAUGGUGAACACACAUAGACAUUCUCAACAGGAGUCAGCAUGGAAACGGACGCCAAGAAGAAGUGCACCAUACUUCUUUUGAUUAAUGGCAAUUUAUAUUUUUAGUAGUGCUGUCAAACGAUUAAUCGUGAUUAAUCG